GUGGCAGAGUUCCUGUGGCCUCGCUGGGGUCUGGCUCAUGGAAAGAGGUUGCUGGAGUUGCUCCACAGUAAACGCUUUGUGUCCCGCCCACUCCUUGUCCAUGCCUUCUCUAUUGGGGGCUACACAUUUGCCCAGCUGCUGGUACAUGUGUCCCAGGAUACACAGAAAUAUCAGGCGCUCACGCAGAGGAUUAAAGGCCAAGUCUAUGAUAGCUUGGUGGUGGGCUCUCUGGAGACGAUGUCCGUAGGUCUAGGUAAGACCAUAUUUCCCCGUUGGGAGAUACUGGUAAAAGAGGUAAGCCUGUUAUACUUUGGCAUGUUCAGACGCCAAACGGUAGACUACUUUAACAGAGGCAUUGAUACGUUUAAGAACACGCCUGUCACCGCUCCUGCACUGUUCUUCUAUUGCGAGAACGAUUUGUUGAGCGACCCACGAGCUACGGAGGAAUUGAUUGAUCAAUGGCGGAAGCACGGGAUUGACAUCACGGCAAAGAAGUGGGAGGAUUCAACACAUGCAGGUCACCUCAAGAGGCACCAACAAGAGUAUCUGACCACCCUACACGCGUUCCUCAACUCACUCAGCAUCGCCCCGCUGAAGGCCAAGCUGUAAUGUGCUGUCAUUGCCAUAUUAGCGUGACUUAGGCUUAUUGCUGUGUUUAAUCUAAAAGAUUUGUUUAUAUUAUACAUAAUAUACAUUAAUUUAACUUGUACACUAAUUAUAGUAUUUGAUGUAGGUGGACUGACAGUAAGUGCCAUGAGAAUACAGGUGCUGGUCAUAUAAUUAGGAUAUCAUCAAAAAGUUGAUUUAUUUCAGUAAUUCCAUUCAAAAAGUGAAACUUGGAUAUUAUAUUCAUUCA